CUGCUGGAGUUUGUACGUCAUACUCUCUCAAACAGUAGCCGACCAUUUGCAUUUUGAACAGCUUCAGGUCGAAGCUUACAGGGUUGUGGAAAAAAAUACAAACAUCUCUUGCGGUUGGACCCCUUCCAUAAAAGAAGCUUGUUCAGGGCAAACCGGGAACAUUAUACAAGCAUUACAAUUUUUUGGGGUUUGCGACCCGAUGGAACCGCUUUUUGUUUUCGAAAGUGAAUCCAAAUAUAAAAUUGCAACUGUGUGCAAGCGAGCUUCGUGCGCUGCAGUUUUUGAGUUGGCCUGCGUUGUCAGACGCUACGCAACAGAUCCAUGGAUGGUGCAACCAGGAAAAAAAAUGCAACAAAGCCCUAUACCCGAUGAUACCCGGUUGAUCUGGUAAAAAAUCGGCGACAACCGUGAGUCAAAGCACCAAGGCUAGGAGACCAGAGGGUGGCAAGCCAAGGCAAGUCAAGGCAAGCCAAGCCACUGUUUCUUUGUUAAUGCCAUGGUUCAAACUUGUGGCCAUAAUACUGGUGAGGGGAAAAUAGCUCUUAGGACCGGAGCGAGGAUCAUUGAUUAUAGCCAACACCUAUAAUCAAAUACGACGUCUGUCAUUGAAUUCAUCUACCAAUCACAGACCACACUAAAGUCAAGAAAAUAAAGUUCAGCUCGGUUAAUAUAGCAACCCC